AACGGGAAAAGUGUCGCGAACGAAAAAACCAAAAAUCUCGGGAAAAUUUUAGUUUUUAGGGCAGAAAAUUGUAUAAAACUUUGCGAGAAAUGCUGAUUGCACGGAACAACGGGUCAUGAGUUGGCCGUGUCGCGUUUAAAAGUGCUUUUUAUCGAAGAUAGCAAGAAGCAGAAAACGCCACGGAAAAAGAAUUUUUAGUGGAACGGGAAUCAUUUAAAUAUCUGGUGUGACACGCCGAGUUAAUUGAACGCUAAAGUGACACGUCAGACAGGAAAUUCAAUAAAAGCAUCCUGAAAAUUGAAUUGAUAUCUGUGCGUGUCGUGCUUGCCGAGGAAACAGGUGCAGCAACGAGAACCGAGUCAACUUCAUCCGGGCUGGAAGGUAAUUCGAAAAUGGUAACUAUGACGACAGAGACGGAAAAAGAUAAGGCAGUUACUUCUGUUGUUCCAAAGAAAAUGAGUGGAAAUUUUCAUGGUGCCAAUGAAGAUGCCCCCAAUAUUUUAGUGUAUAAAAAGAUGGAAGCAAUUAUACAAAAGAUGCAAGAAGAAGGAACCGGCGUGCCCGUACGUACCGUCAAAGCUUUCAUGAGUAAAGUGCCGAGCGUUUUCACAGGCUCCGACCUUAUUGCCUGGAUGCAGAAAAACCUCAAGUUAGACGAUGUCACGGAAGCACUACAUCUUGCCAAUUUACUCGCGUCACACGGUUAUCUCUUUCCGAUCGACGAUCACUUACUUGCGGUAAAAAACGACGGCACUUUUUACCGUUUCCAAACACCCUAUUUUUGGCCCUCGAGCUGCUGGGAGCCCGAAAAUACAGACUACGCCGUCUACUUGUGCAAACGUACGAUGCAGAAUAAGGCGCGCCUUGAACUCGCGGACUACGAAGCUGAGAAUCUCGCCAAAUUACAGAAAAUGUUUUCGCGGAAGUGGGAAUUUAUCUUCAUGCAGGCGGAAGCGCAGAGCAAAGUCGACAAGAAACGCGAUAAGCUCGAACGAAAAGUGCUUGACUCACAGGAAAGAGCAUUCUGGGAUGUGCAUCGUCCGAUGCCAGGUUGUGUGAAUACCACAGAAAUGGAUAUAAAAAAGGCGUAUCGACGAGGUGCUUCGAGCUUAGGUAGCGGGUCUGCGGGCACGUCAAAUAACCCGAUCGAACAGACAAAUAGGACGAUUCAUUUGCUGAAACAAAAGCUGGAGAAACGGACAAUUAAGGUGUCAAAGGUCGCGGAAUCGUAUAUUUCGUUUUUCGAGCAGUAUCAGGAGUUUGACUACUUUUUAUCACCACCGGACUUGCCUAAUCCGUGGCUGACUGAGAACACAGAGUUGUGGGACGCGGAAAAGAAUGCUAAAGACAUUUCACUAAAACGGGUAAAACGCUGGAGCUUUAGUCUCCGAGAACUACUUAAUGAUCCUAUUGGACGAGAACAAUUCACCAAAUUCUUAGCCAAAGAAUUUAGCGGAGAGAAUUUGAAAUUCUGGGAAGCGGUACAAGAGAUGAAAACAUUACCACAGUCCAAAAUAAAAGAAGCUGCCACCGCAAUCUUUGAGGAAUUUUUGGCCCCAGAGUGCGCAUGUCCUGUCAACAUUGACUCAAAAUCCCAAGAAAUGGCACGCGAAGCCAUGAAGGCGCCCACGAUAAAUCGGUGGUGCUUUGACAUUGCUGCCGACCACGUGUACCAUUUGAUGCGAAGCGACUCGUAUUCGCGCUACUUGCGCUCCGACAUGUAUAAAGAAUUUUUAAAUGGGUCUAAGAAAAAGGUAAAAUCCAUUCAGAAUUUGUUCAGUGUUAAACGUUAA